CCUCUCAUCUUCAGCAUACCAGAAAGGCUAUGAUGGGAACGAAUGAAGGAACUUGGAGGCUCCACUUGACUGACUGUUUCUGUCUAGAAAAUCUUCCCUUGGAAGCAAGAGAGCUGUCUCAUGUAAUGGCUGACUUCUAAAGGCAGGCCAUGUUCUAGAAGGAAAUAGAUGAAAUUGGUUCUGGGAACUUCAGUGGCACUGUGGUCUAACCAGAAAAGCCCGUGUUGGGGGCCCUUCUGGUGCCCUGGGAUGUUGCAUACUCUGGACCUGGAUGCCUGGCCUGCACCUGAGUGAGAAUGGUCCGCCGCGGGCUGCUGGGGUGGAUUUCUCGGGUAGUGAUUCUGCUGGUGUUGCUCUGUUGUGCCAUCUCUGUCCUCUACAUGUUAGCCUGCACUCCAAAAGGCGACCAGGAGCAGUUGGGACUGCCACGGGCCAAUGGCCCCACAGGCAAAGAUGGCUACCAAGCGGUGCUGCAGGAGCGUGAGGAACAGCAUCGCAACUAUGUGAAUAGCCUUAAACGACAGAUCGCUCAGCUAAAGGAUGAACUGCAGGCACGCAGUGAGCAGUUCCGCAGUGGGCAGGACCAGGCCAGCGAUGCCACCAGCCUGCGCUCAGGCUGGGACCAAGAGCCCAAAGCCCAGGCCGAUCUGCUGGCCUUCCUGCGUGGACAGGUGGACAAGGCCGAGGUACAUGCCGGUGUCAAGCUGGCCACGGAGUAUGCUGCUGUGCCUUUCGAUAGCUUCACUCUGCAGAAAGUAUACCAGCUGGAGACCGGCCUGACCCGCCACCCUGAGGAGAAGCCAGUGAGGAAAGACAAGCGCGAUGAGCUGGUAGAAGCCAUCGAAUCAGCCCUGGAGAGUCUAAACAGCCCUGUGGAGAGCAGCCCACACCAGCAUCCUUACACAGCUGCAGACUUCAUAGAAGGGAUUUACCGAACCGAAAGGGAUAAAGGCACUUUGUAUGAGCUGACCUUCAAAGGGGACCACAAGCACGAAUUCCAGCGACUUGUCCUAUUUCGACCUUUUGGCCCCAUCAUGAAAGUGAAAAAGGAAAAACUCAACCUGGCCAACACGCUUAUCAAUGUUAUCGUGCCCCUAGCGAGGAGGGUAGACAAGUUCCGGCACUUCAUGCAGAACUUCAGGGAGAUGUGCAUCCAACAGGAUGGGAGAGUUCAUCUCACCGUUGUUUACUUUGGGAAAGAAGAAAUGAAUGAAGUCAAAGGAAUACUUGAAAACACUUCCAAAGCUGCCAAUUUCAGAAACUUCACCUUCAUCCAACUGAAUGGAGAAUUCUCCCGGGGAAAGGGACUGGAUAUUGGAGCCCGCUUCUGGAAGGGAAGUAACGUCCUGCUCUUUUUCUGUGAUGUAGACAUCUACUUCACCUCGGAGUUCCUCAACACUUGUAGGCUGAACACACAGCCAGGGAAGAAGGUAUUUUAUCCGGUCCUGUUCAGUCAGUAUAACCCCGGCGUAAUCUACGGCCAUCACGAUGCAGUCCCUCCGCUAGGACAGCAGCUGGUCAUAAAGAAGGAAACAGGAUUUUGGAGGGACUUUGGAUUUGGGAUGACAUGUCAGUACCGGUCAGACUUCAUCAACAUAGGUGGAUUUGACCUGGACAUCAAAGGCUGGGGCGGUGAAGAUGUGCACCUGUACCGGAAAUAUCUCCAUAGCAACCUCAUAGUGGUCCGCACACCUGUACGGGGACUUUUCCACCUGUGGCAUGAAAAGCACUGUAUGGAUGAACUGACCCCUGAGCAGUACAAGAUGUGCAUGCAAUCAAAGGCUAUGAAUGAAGCAUCCCAUGGGCAGCUGGGGAUGCUUGUCUUCCGGCAUGAAAUAGAGGCUCACCUUCGCAAACAGAAGCAGAAAGCCAGCAGUAAAAAGACAUGAUCCCCUAGGCACAGAUUAGCAGAGACAUUUAAAUUUUUUGCCUUUGGCAGUUGCUGAAGAAGUAGAUGCGACAAAGAGCAACAAAGUAUCUAACUGGUGAGCGAGAGAUGAAAAAAGAGUCUCAUCCCAGGAUUCUGUUGGCUCCGUGUAUGGUGACGCUGGCUGUGUUUACAGCAAAUGAUCUCUCUGGUUCCUGCUCACUGAAAUAUUCACAACCUCAGACCAGUUUUGUAGAACGUUUACUAGAAUGAGAUGCAAACACACUGAAUUGGUUACAUCAGAGGGCUUUGGUACUACCAGGACUAUCAAAGUCUCAGACCAAGCAGAGGAUCUAUGUGAGAAAUGGAGAUCUCUGACAUUAGCGUCCUCCAGGAGACAGUGAGCAAAAUCAAAGGGCCCUGGAAACACACUAUGUAAACUGUAAUUUCCCCAGUAUUAACCAAAAAACAUAAAACAAAACCAACAACAACAACAAAGCCCCUCUCUUUCCCAUUAUUGUUUAGUCAUCUUUAUUCUAAAAAUGCACUUUUGUUUUUGCUUCUGAGUGUUAUGCUUAUUUAGUUACCCAUUUGCAAGCCUUAGUAGGAGCAUGUUGUAGUAUAUACACUUCUAUUGGUUUUUUUUUAAAAAGAUUUUAUUUUAGUUUUUGUUGGUUUUGUUGAUUUGUUUACUUGAGACAGUCUUGACACAGAGCCCGAGAUAAACUUGAAAUUAUGAUCCUCCUGCCUCUGAAGCCUGAGUGCUGAGAUUACAGGUGGGUACCACCACAGCUGACAAGAAGAUACAUGCAGAGGUGUGGGAGGAAAACCUCCAGUUGCAAGCACGUGGAGCUCUGAUCUAAGGACUGGCCAAUCUCAGACCACGCUAAGGCUAUGUGUGGGGCUGGGGAGAGAACGGUAUUAAGAAACUAUCUAAGACUGUCCAAAGAGGAACAAUCAAACACUGGAGAAAGAACAAGACACUUUCCUCUUCACUAAAAGGACACUAAGAAGCCCUUGGUGUAUUUACUAGAGAACAUAAUUUCUCCUCUGGAGAAGUGGGGACCACUUUCUUACCUGUUUGAAUAAACCAAAGUUAUGAACCAAACAAUCACUUUUCAAAACAGGGUGCUCUUCUUGGUCUCUGGUUUGCAUAAGAAGAAAAUGCAGGAAAUAUAGAUCUAAAUAUAUAUUUUGAAAGACCAAUCCAUUACUCCAGCGAGACAGAAGAUUUUGCACAUUUCCAUUCACUCCUGGCUAUGUGGAAGCAACUUAUUUUUAAAAUAAGCAAUGUUACUGAUUGCUGGUAUGUCUCUGAAGCAUUUUCUUACAACUCCAAAUUCUUUUUUAAAAAAAUAAAUAAAUCUGAUUAACAUUGAGUGGUUUCUACAUCCAUAUGCAAAUUAUUUAUUUCUUAGCCAGCACCGGCUGCAUGAGCUGAUCACCUCUCCUGUCUCUGUGCCUUCUGUUUGCCCACAGUGAACUCAUUGUUGAAAUGCUUCAAGAACACUCACGCUGUGUGUUAUAAAAAAAAAAAAAAAAAAAAAAAAAGAGCAUUGUAUUGAUUUGUACUGGUAGUUUAUAAAAUUUAAUUAAAACACAAGACAUGAAUGGAAGGUGGCAUUGCACAGCUAAUAAAAUCUGUGAAUUUGAUUUCUUUCCGUAA